AGUAGAAAUGGCGCUAGUGGCGUUAGCAUAGUUAGCUUCCAUUCUGCUUGGAUCCAGAGUUGAGAAACAUCUUCAGGAGGUCCUGAGAUCCGAACCGGACCCGGAACCAUCACAGGAACCCCAUACAGAACCGGCAUGGAGCGCAAUACCGACCCGACUGUGAGCUAGAACCGGAACCAGAGGUCCGGAGGGUCGGAGGGCUCGGAUACUUUAUGUGAAAACCUGAAGCUGGACCCAGAACCGGUUUUAGUCCCACGGUUUUCUGGAAGUUUCGGACAGAUCUUGGAUCAGUUUCAGGUGUGUGCAGGUGGAGGUGUGGCAUCCUGCAGGCCACGCCCACUCAGCCCCUCCCACCACCACAGGCGUGUUUUCAGCAGCAGGUAAAAGAGUAGCACUCAGGUUAUCACCGUGACGACGUUAAAACUCUCACAGGCCAACGAUCGACAUCAACAUGAGAAAAUCUGAUCAUCCAUACAGGCUGAUCUGAUGAUUAAUUAUUGAUUAACUGAUUAAUACCUGGAUGGAAAGAAUUUGUACAGAAUCUCCAACCAGGUGAAGCUAAAGCCGAACUAGAGAAGUUCUGCUAGAACAGAUUUACAGACUAAGAAGGUUUUUAUCUUACAUGUUUAUAUUAUUUUUAAUAAAAUUUUUAGAAUCUGUUUCCUGCAGUUAAUCGAUUAUUAGGUUUCCAGAACCGUUAAAGUAUUUUAUGGUUCUGAAGGAGAAUAAAUACACAAACACUUUUUCACACUCCAUUCUUUUCCCUGGAUAAAAGAAGAUCAAAUGUUUUAUUUUAAAGCUCAGCUCAACUUUUAACUUGUUUUAUAUUGAAAUGAACAAUCACAACAGCAGCAACGUUCAUCUGACUCGGGUCGCCUGGGAGGUUCUGGUUCUGGUAUCGGCUGCAGUGGCACUGGGUCCAUUCCUCCCUCUGCUGAUAGACGAACCUUUUGUCCUUUGAGGUUCUGAUGAAGACCCAGAUAAUGUUCUGGACCCGACAGUGAAACCCUGAAGAACCCGAGUAGAGCCGGUAGUGUUCUGGCGGGUCGUUGGUUCUGGUCCGAUGGUUUCCUUGACCUCUUCUUGUGUCUGUGUUUGUUUCACGUCCAAACUCCAUUUUAUUGUUGCAGAAACUCUGGGUGGAACGGUACCAACAGAACUUUUCAGUACUCCUCCUGGGGUCCGGUUCCUUGCAGCCCGGUGCGUUCGAGUGCAACUAGUCAAUGUUUUAAAACACUUUAAAUAUGGCCGCCGUCGUCCUCUUCAGCAAUAUUAACCGUUACUAAAUAAUGUAAUCAAAUAACUAAAUUAAACCUGAUGAAAAUAUUAGAAAAUCAUUUUUAUUGGCAGAACAGUUUAAAAUCCUUCAUUCCUUUGCUGAAUAAAGUCAAUAAACCAUUUAGUGACACCAGUAAUGAGUUUUAGAGGCUCGACUGGCUGAACAUGUUGGUUUAAUGUGUUUAUAACUAUAUUUAAUACUUGGCUCUGUAUCUCUAUUGUCUUUACCGCCUGGAUUGUUUUUAAUGCAUUUUCCACAUCUUAUUUUUUCCUUUUAAAUCAAAUCUGCUGGGUUGAAACACAAAACUCCUAGAAGAAGAAGAGGUUCCAUGUCUGAAGUUUAUUCUAAUAGCUUUUAUUCCACAACAAAUAAAUGAUUAAAAAACAGCAAAUAUUUCAACAUUUUACUGAUUUCCAAAUACAUGUUUGCUGAAAUCUCUUGAAUUUUUUCUUGUGUUCUUCAUCUCCUCAGACGUCCAGCAAAUAUUUUCUGUAGAAUCGAGAGGUUUUUCUUUUACAAAGAGAAGAAAUCAUUCAGAACCAGAAGAAGCAAAACUCUGCCCUGAUGGAAGAACAGAAGGAUCCAGAUGGUCCAAAUAUAAAGCAGGAACAGGAGGAACUGCUGGAUAAACAGCUGAAAAAUGACCAACAUGCUGAAGAUCUGCAGAUUAAAGAGGAAGUGGACGAAUACUGCACCAGCCAGGACGAAGUUCGCCUGGUUCUGAAGGAGGAGACGGACACAUUGGGGAUGAAUACUGCUCCUGAACAGAGAAACAACAGGGAACCAGAACCAAUCAGGGACCGACUCCAGAACGCGCGACUGGCUGAAAACCAGCAACAGGAAGGGAAGAAGGAAGAAUCAGGAUUCUGUAAACAUCCACAACCAAGGUCGAAUAAGAGCUGUCAGAAAUCCAGAGUUCAAAGUGACGAUGCACACGGUUCCAAACGUAGAAGGCGGAGCAGAUCUCUGAGCCAAACAGAAAAAAGUUUGUUUUCCUGUAAAGUGUGUGGCAAGAGUUUCUUCCAGAGUAGCCAUCUGAACAACCACAUGAGAUCGCACGCAAGUAAGAAACAAUACCCCUGUGAGGUCUGCGGUAAGUUUUUAAAUGACAAAGGUAGCUUAACGGUUCACAUGAGAACCCACACAGGUGAGAAGCCUUUCACAUGUCCCACCUGUGGGAAAGGUUUUGGUGCGAGGAGCAGCUUCAUUGCUCAUGUAAGAACUCACACAGGUGAGAAGCCAUUUCCCUGCCCAAGCUGUGAGAAAAGUUUCAUUGUAAAAAGUCAUCUAAUCACACACAUGAGAAUUCACACAGGUGAGAAACCUUUCCAGUGUCUCACCUGUGGAAAACGGUUUGGCGCUAAAAGCAAUUUAAACACUCACAUGCGAACACACACGGGUGAGAAACCUUUUGCAUGUGUGAGCUGCGGGAAAAGUUUCAGUGUAAGGAGUCACCUGAUCACUCAUCUGAGAACACACACGGGUGAGAAGCCAUACUCCUGUCCAUACUGUGGCAGAAGCUUCAGUCUGCGAAGUCAUUUAAAUGUUCACAUGAGCACACAUACAGGAGAGAAACCUUUUCCAUGUGUGGCAUGUGGAAAAAGCUUCAGAGUGAGAAGCAGUUUGACAAUUCACAUGAGAACGCACACGGAUGAGAAGCUGCACAUCUGUGAUGUGUGCUGUAAAGGUUUCACUCAGAGCAGCCGUCUGGCUUCUCACAUGAGGAUCCACACAGGGGAGAGGCCGUUCCCAUGUCCCACAUGUGGAAAAAGUUUCAGUGCCAAAACAUAUCUGAAUACACACAUGAGGACACACACAGAUGAGAAGUCCUAUCUGUGUGUGAUCUGUGGGAACAGCUUCAGUCGAAAAAGCAACUUGAACAGACACAUGAGGACGCACACGGGCGAGAAACCCUAUGAUUGUGAAGUUUGUGGGAAAUCCUUUGGAUGUAGCGGUAGCUUGACCGUCCAUAUGAGAUCUCACACAGGUGAGAAACCAUUCCCAUGUGUCACCUGUGGAAAAAGCUUUAGUGUAAGAAGUUACCUGGUUAUUCACAUGCGAACCCACACAGGUGAGAAGCCUUUCCCAUGUGUCACCUGUCGGAAGAGCUUCCUUUUACGGAGUCAUUUGACUCGUCACAUGAGAGUUCACACCGGCGAGAAGCCGUUCCCAUGUUCGACCUGUGGGAAAGGUUUCAGUGUGAGAUGUCACAUGAUGGCUCACAUGAGAACUCACAAACAGGAGAAAGAUCUUUCUGACACAUGGCCUGUGGGAAACGUCUCCAAGGAAGUCUGGUUAGCUCGUGGUGUGUCCCAGAGCGUGUCCAGGAGGUUCUGGUUCUGUUCAGCAACAAUGUGUUCCGUUGAGCCUCUGAGAGAGUUUAUCAGAGAGAGACUAACUGCUGCUGCUGAAGAAAUCUUCACCCAGCUGGAAAAAACCAUCGUCCAGUACGAGGAGGAGAUCGACCGGCAGCGGAGACUGCUGGACCUCACCUGGAGACCCCGAACCGAGCCGAACCCCGCAGGUCUCCAGCAGCAGGAACCGGUCCACCAGAACUUCUGGCAGCAGAACCGCUGUAACACUCAAGAUGUUCCCUCUGACCUGGAAUUCAGUCAGCAGAAGAUUGGUUCUGGUUUGAACCCAAAGGAACCAGAACCAACAAAAGAGAAACUCCAUGACGUCCUGGGCUGGGGAGCAGAGCGGCUCGUUAAGCAGGAGCCCGAUUCCUGCAUGGUGACUGUCGAGUACGACGACAUGUUCCCCACUAAAGCAGAACCAAACACAACCCAGAUCUUUUCUCAGAACUCGCCUAAAGCAGAGAUCCAGAGUCAGGAGAGAAGCAACUCAGGAUCUUGCACAGAUGAGGCUCCUAAAGCUCCAACUUCAGAUGAUCCAGAACUGAGGAUGGCUGAGAACGCACCCCUCACUGAGGAGAACCUGUACUCAUGUCAGUUCUGUGGGAAAAACUUCACCACUUCCAAGGACCUGAAGGUUCACUGGAGGAGCCACACAGAAAAGAAGCGUCAUACUUGUGGAGUGUGUGGGAAAACUUUGAGCGACCGCAGCAGUUUGAGGAAACACCUUCGGAUCCACACAGGAGAGAAGCCAUAUCCUUGUGAAGUGUGCGGGAAAAGAUUCAGGAACAGCUGUGGCUUGACGAAGCACCUCCGGAUUCACACAGGAGAGAAGCCAUUCACAUGUCAGACCUGCGGGAUGCGUUUCAACCAGAGCAGCAUUUUAUACAGACACAUGAAGAGAAAGAACCACUUAAACAGAGCAGCUAGCCCGGUUAGCCUCCUGCUAGCAGCUGUCACUGUGUCCAGGAGGUUCUGGUUCUGUUCAGCAACAAUGUGUUCCGUUGAGCCUCUGAGAGAGUUUAUCAGAGAGAGACUAACUGCUGCUGCUGAAGAAAUCUUCACCCAGCUGGAAAAAACCAUCGUCCAGUACGAGGAGGAGAUCGACCGGCAGCGGAGACUGCUGGACCUCAGCUGGAGACCCCGAACCGAGCCGAACCCCGCAGGUUUUCCACCUGGUCGUUUCUGUGAGGAGGACGUCCGUAACGACCAGCGGCUCCUUCACCAGGAGGAAGUCGGACCUCCCCAGCAAGAGCUACAGCUCCCCGAGAUUAAAAGGAAGAAGAAGAAGAAGAAGAAGAAACCACUGCAGCCUCCAGAGGUCAAAGAGGAACAUGAAGAACUGUGUGUCAGUCAAGAAGCUGAGCAGCUCAUCCUGAAGCAGGAGACGGAAACACUGAUGGUGACAGUCGAGUAUGAUGAACCCGAACCGAGCAACGACCCACUCCUGCCUCAGAGAUCUCCCAAAGCCGAGACUCUGGAGUCGGGGACGAGCAGGUCUGAGGAGCUGGAAGCAAACUGUCUGUCUGAACCAAACACAAGUAGAACACCUGUCAAAUGUGACUUCUGUGAGAAAGAGUUCAGGUUUCAGUACGCCAUGAGGAGACAUCGCAAAAUCCACACCGGAGAGAAGCCGUUCUCCUGCAAGACCUGUGGGAAGAGUUUCAUCAGAAAGUUUGCUCUGUUGACUCACAUGAGGGUCCACACUGGGGAGAAGCCAUACUCCUGCUCCGUCUGCGGGAAAUGUUUCCGCUGCAGCAGCGACCUGUCAAAGCACACCAGCAUCCACUCCAGUGAGAAACCGUACUCCUGUGAGACCUGCCGGAAGAGCUUCACCACCAAGCGCAGUCUGAUCCUCCACAGCAGGUGUCACUCAGAGGAGAAACCUUACUUCUGUCCCAUUUGUCACAAAGGCUUCAGGAGGAGCGACAACCUUUCAGUUCACAUGAGAACCCACAUGGAUGAGAAACUGUUCACAUGUGAGUUCUGUGGUAAAAGUUUCAACCAGAACGUCCAUCUGGUGAUCCACAGGAGGACCCAUACGGGGGAGAGCCCGUUCCCAUGCAGCAUGUGUGAGAAACGUUUUAAGAACCGCUCUGCGCUGAACAGUCAUCUCCGGCUGCACGCUGCAGACCCGCUGUAGGGAACCAGAACAGAACCAGAACCAGGAGCUCUGCUGACACACCCAGUUUUCAGAUUGUUUUAUUUCUUCUGGUUCCUUUGAGGCGUUUCCAUGGUGAUCAAAAGUUAACUUUUGCAUGAACGGAGCUUUAGGCUAGUCUAGAGGUUGAAGUGGAAAAUUACAAUAAGGUCACAUCUGCUAGUUGUAUUGCUAUAUGUUUAUUCUAACUUCCUGUAUAGACCCACUAAAACAGAACUAUUUGGGUUCCAUGUAGAAGGUUGGGAGUCGUUUUCCACAGCUGCAUCAGAACCAGACUGUCUCGCCUCUUGUUUUAGAACCUUUAGAACUCAUGUGUUGUCUUUUCAUCCAGACCUGCUUCAUUAUUGAUUAUUGAUUAUUGAAGCUUUCUGAGUUGUGCACAAUUCAUAAAUAAACCUGAUUGAGUGAUUUUUACCUGAACAAUGCUUGGUAAUAGUUUUUUUUCCACAACAAGGUCCAGUUUUAAAGUCUUGGUUCUGGUUCCAUCUGGACCUUCUGGACCAAUCAGGAGCUUCAGAUGAGUGACCUCAGAGUGAAACUCUACCUGACUCCGCCCACUCUCCCCGCAGCCGAUGCUAAGUCUGCUAGCGCUUAGCUGAUGUUCCACAGUCGUCUGCUUUGCCAGAGUUACUGGGCCAGAACCCACAGGUUCUGGUUCUGCUGGAAGGACUGCAGGAGUCGGGUGGAGGUGGAUGUUCUGGUCUCGGUUCUGGUCAGAUGAUCAGAACCAACAUUUAGAACCUUUUGAACUCGUCUGGUACUGAGCUGCUCCAGAUGUUCUGAGGAGGUUCUGUUGUCCUGCUGCUCCAUAAAAACCCAGAAGAACCAAUCAGAGCCUCAGGAGAGUGAGAGGAGGCGGAGCUUCGUUCUCCCUGACGUUUUGUUUUCUGGUCAGAACCAGGUUUCUGGGUCCGGCUAUCCUCAGAACUGCAGAACUUGUCCAUGAGGACUGAAGGUCCAGAAACAUCUGGUGACCUUCUGACCUUUAGAUCCCAUCCAGGUUUUCUUGACUUGUUCUGUUUUGCAUCUGAACGCAUGAAUUAUGUCUGUAGAUUUCUUUUCAAUUUAAAUGUUAAAUAAUAAAUCUAAAUAAUCCGAUUAUGUUGAUAUUUUCAGAUAUGAGAAAAUCAGCUUCAGUUCAGCAGAAACAUUUUAAUAACUUUGUUAUGACGAGUUUAGCAACAUGAAGAUUUCUGCUCUGAAAUACGUUUCGAUUUUCACACCAUGGACCAUGAAAUGGGAUAAAUUGGAGGAAAUUAUGUUUUGAAUCAAAAAUGAAAUUAUUCCUGAAUUAUCUUUUUGUUUAGAAACAACCUUUAAAGUCACUAAAUGUAUUUUUUAUUAUUUCUGAGCUGCUGAUGUUCAAUAAUUCGCCUAUUAGAAGCUGAAUUAAAAUGAUGUAAAUAUUUUUAGGAAAUGACCUCAGUGGUGUUUCAAUCCAGAGGAUUCUACAUCUGUUCACACACACACACACACACACUCACACACGCACUCACACACACACACUCACACACACAUUCACACACUGAUGAUGGGAAUCGAACUGGCAACCCACCGAUUGGAGGACUCCACCUCAGACUUUGACUGGACCGUCCAGAACCAGAACUGGGACGAAGUGGGGUCAGUUCCACUGGUUCUGGAUGGGGUUGGACUGUUGAGGCAGCUGGACCAGGUUCUGGUUCUGGUUUCAUGGUUUUCAGUUUUAACUGUUUCAUAAUCAUAACUUUUAUUGUAACUGUCAUUUUUUUCUGGCUGAAUGUUUGAAAUCACUUCCUGUUUCUGCGUUUCAUAAAUUCCAUCCAAAGUUUCCACUAUUAUGAAAUUAAUAAAA